AUGACUGUCCUGAGGGCUUGCAUCCUAAGCCCCGGCUCCCGCGAAGGCCAGCACCUGGAGCAAGGCAGCGGCCAGCCGGCCCUGAGCAGGGAUGGGGAAGAUGAGCACCGUCCACCUGCAGCCAGCGAUGACCUCCUGGCUGCCCUGAGGUGGCCCGGGCCCUCCCAGCAGCCGGGCGCUCUGGGGGGAACUCGCCGAGAGGCCUGGCCGGACCCCAGUGAGGUGUCGUGUGCCCCGGGGCAGGCCUGCAGCUGCCCGGUGUGGUCUGGAGGCAAGGAGCCUGGGACCAGAGAGAACAGCGGUAGCUCGGUGUCUUCCGGCCGCCUCUCCGGCUCUUCGGGGGGCCACGAGCUGUGCACACCUCCCCCCAGGCUCUGGAAGGAGCGGCCCCCCCAGGUGCUGGGGCCUCCACGGCAGCCCCAGUGGAGCGACCCCCGUCUGGAGCGGCUUCGUGACAAGAUCCGGGCCCAGGCAGCAUGGCAGGCCAGCUGCGGCUCGCUGGGCACCUCGGCGCCCUCCAGUGCCUCGCGCCUCGGCAGGGCUCCCAGGCCGGCGCCCCGGAAGAAGGUCCGCAAGGUGGCACACGUCCCUGCUGCCCAGGCAUGCCCAGAUUUCAGCAUCCCACGUGCCACUGAGAGCCUGACAGAAGACAAGGCGUCCACCAGCCAGGGCUGCGAGCCUGCCAGGGUCUCCCAGCGCCAGGCCUCCGUUCCAAGGGAAAAAACCAAAAGGUCCAAAGGUUGUUCUUGUAAAAGAGAGAAGCCUCCCAAGUCACCUUCUCCUGGAAGAGCUCCCAAAGGCAAAGGUGAGGAUUCUGAGUUGGUGGAUGUGUACUCCUGGAGGAGAGGACAAGCCCUGGUGAGGUUGCUGCUCGGGCCCCCUCCCAAGCUCCCUGGGCGCCGGAGCCGGGCACCCUCAAGAAAGCCAGCCCCCACCGCGGAAUUAGGACACAUCGAGAAGGUUCCAGCUGCUAAGUGUGGCCCUGACCCCACCCAGACGCCCAGCCCAGCCUGCAGUGACCAGCAGCUAUCUGCCACCACACCCAGCCUGGCCUCCCAGGACCAGCCAGCCACCAUCCAGAACGCCAUGGCCAUCCUGCAAGACCUCCGCCGGCAGAUCCAGGCCGGGCUGGACUUGGCCCGGCACCCGCAGUCCAGGCGGGCAUCGGAGCUAGGGCGUCCAAAACCAGGGCUGCAGGACCGGGCAGAGAGGAAGCAGCAGGGCCCCCAUAGUGCCCUGGACAUGCAGAGCGCCUUCUCGAAGAGGCCUUGGGCCACCACCGAGGACAAGGGUGGCCCCCUUGAGAGGGCCUGGAGCUUCCCUGGGCAGCAGCCCUGCAGUGCCUCGGCCAAGUGGGAGUCCUACCCACAGAGGGCCUGGGCAGCCAAAGCCUGGGACUCCUCCUUCCAGAGACCUGGGAGCCCACCCACAAGGCUGGGCUCCUCCCCACAGCGGACCUGGAGCACAUCAGCUGGCCAGGGCCGUGAAGACUGGGGUGCUCCUGUCCACCAGCUGUGGAACCCUCUGGAAAGGCCAAGUCCUCUGGCCCAGCGGCCCUGGAGCACCUCCUUCUUGCAGUGGCCAGGCGCCCGGAGCAAAGGCAGGGGCUCCGAUCUGCUGUCCUGGCCGACACCCGCUGGGAGCUUGCCUGGAGAUGCACCCGGGAAGGAGAACACGGAAGGGCUGACCACCGGCCAGAGGCCCCGGGGCGUCCCGGGCCCACCCCACAGCUCUGAGUCCUUGCGGGAGUUUAUGCGCCAGAAAGCGCUGGCGCGGCGGCGGCAGGCGCUGGAGGAGAAGGCCGCGGCCGCGCGGGCGCUGGAGCUGCGGAGCCGCCGGCUGCAGGAGGUGUACCGCAAGCAGAGGGAGGCGGUGCUCGGGAGGCCCGCCCCCGUGGUCUCCCAGACCAGCCCCGGCAUCGUGACCUUCGUGCCGCACUCUGCGCAGCCCGGGGGCCUGGACACCCCCGGGAGCCUGGGGCUGCCCGUGCUGGGGUGGAGUAAGGUGACUUCAGGCAUGGUGCUGGGGGACCAGGAGGCCCCGGGCAGCUUCUGCCUGUGUUUGAACAGAGCCUUCAGCCACCCCAAGAAUCGAGAGACGGAAGACAGUGCCCCCCUGCUGAUGUCCACCAACGCCUCCCUGCACCCCUGGAAGCUCCAGGACCUGCCCAUGAGCUGCCCACCGCAGCUGUGCAUCUAUCUGGACCCCAAGGAGGCUGAGAGCCUGGGCACGGCCCGCCCCCUGCUCUUCCAAUCCAAGCAGGCCCGGCUGCAGGCCCUGGAGACCACGGCCAACGUCCUGAAGCAGCGGAUCGACGUGCUCACUGAAAAGCUGCACAAGCCCGAGGCACUGGACCUGCUCCGGGACCCGGCCCUGAGCCUGCCACCACCCCUGCCGCCCAGCCCCAAGCCAGCCGCCGCCGCUGUCACAGCCCCAGCCUGGCCCAGAGCUUUGGAGCCCAGCAGGGAUAUGGGGGCGCUUCUCUCUCCCCCGUGCCUGCCGGACGGUGAGGCACUGCCCUGGCGCUCUGGCCGGGAGUGCUGGCAGCACGCGAACCCGUGGGACCAGUGCACGAGCAAGCUCCAAGGUAGGACGGUGCUGGGCCUCAGAGGGUCUCGAACCCCAGGGGUGACCAAUGGUCCCUUGGGCUGA